AUGCAAAAAGAUGUUCUUACGGGCAUUUCUAAUGGAGAAUAUAAUUUAAUAUUCUCUUCACCUGAAUCCGUACUGAAACCAUUCUGGAAGAAGGUCUUCCUUGGAAGUAUUUGGCAGUCUCGUUUGUGUAUGAUAUAUGUGGACGAAACACACUGUAUUUCUGAAUGGGGGAAUUUUCGGACAGACUAUCAAUCAUUGCAUGAACUGAGAAGCUUUUACAGUGCACCCGUAAUGGCACUGACAGCAACCUUCACACAGAAGGUGAAGGAUGACAUCAUGGAAACGUCGCAGUUGACAGAUGCUGACACAGAUAUUAUAUUCAAGUCGCUGGAUAGACCAAACAUCUUCAUUGAAAUAAGAAAAAGGGACAGUACUGAUUUUGAAAUUUCACUAAAAUGGCUCAUUGAUUAUAUCAGGGAAAACGGAGUAAAUUCAAAGAAAAUCGUAGUUUACUGCAGGUCAAUUGAUAGGGUGUCCGAUUUAUUCUUGUGUUUAAAAGACAACCUUGCAUUACAUGCAUAUGCAAAUCAGGAGAAAAAGGCAAGUAACCUGCUUGUGGAAAUGUUCCAUAAGAGUACAUCUGAAGACUCCAAAGAACGCAUCCUGGAAGAGUUUAAACGGGAAGACAGCAGAAUCCGAUGUUUAAUUGCUACUGUCGCAUUAGGUAUGGGACUGGACAUCAGGGACAUAGACCUUGUUAUUCAUAUUGGAUGUCCGAAAUCAGUGUUGUCCUAUUGGCAAGAAGCUGGCAGAUGCGCUAGGAAUGGCAGAGAUGGAUUCAGUUUUAUUUUAUAUGAUAACUUCACUUGUCGUUUAAAACCACCGGCAAAUGUAUACGCGAUAUCAUAA